AGUGUGAGAAGCAGCUGUUCAGGGCUGGUGAAAUUCCAACAUGGCAGUGGCUGUGGUCAGUGUUUCCUGCGCUAACUUGGGAUGGUUUCAGCUCGCACGCAACCCGGCUUAACCUCAGCAGCACCCCGUUCCUCAGCAGCACCCCUCCCCUGGAUCGAUGCGACCCUAACCCCCCGCACGUGAGAGGUCGACCUGUCGCUAAAAAAGCAGCACGAGAUGAUCAGCAGCAGCAGCAGCGUCUAUGGCUUAAAGAUGCAGUGGACCCCCGAGCACAGCCAGUGGGCCGAACAGCACUUCGACAUCUCCUCCACCACGCGCUCGCCAGCUCACAAGGCCGAGGCGUACAGGGCGGUGCCCGGCCACCUACAGCGCUCCGCCACCUACCAGUACGCCUGGGCCAAUGACGACAUCUCAGCCCUUACCGCCUCCAACCUGUUGAAGAAGUAUGCCGAGAAGUACUCCGGCAUUCUCGAGAUGCCGGGCGCUUACUCCGAGGGGCCAGGAGUGAUGAAUGGACGGAAAGGUGAAUCAGAACCUUGGCAGGAUGGCGUCUAUCCCAUGAGCUGUAUCCCAGAGGGGGUGUCUAUCAGAAAAGGUGGGGUGGCAGCAGCUUCAGAGGUGGUGUCUGGCAUGUGCAGCUCCCCGGGCUUGGCUUCUAGCACCCUGAGCGAACCCAGCUAUUCCAGCAGCAGCUGUGGGAGCCACGCCGCCACCGCGCUCCACACCUCCUCCAUGCCCUCUCAGGAAUACGGCCCCGCAUACAGCGGCUCCUACCUGCACAGUAGUUACAGCUCCCAGUCUGCCCCCACCCCGGCACUUCCUUCCCCCCUGCACAGCUCUGGGCUCCUGCAGCCGCCCCCUCCGCCGCCCUCCCACCCCACUUUAGUCCCAGCUUACAAUGGAGGCUCCCCUAACUUGUCUAGUUAUAAUUACCCCCCAGCAGGCUACCCAGCUCAGAGCUCAGUAGGGCCAGGGUACAGCCCUGGGGGGGCGCCCCCUCCUUCCUCAUACCUCCCCUCAGGCAUUGCUGCACCUACACCUCUUCCCCCUCCUUCUACUUUACCUGGAUACCCAUACCAGAGCCACAACCUGACCCCGAUUGCCCCCACUCCUCUCAACAGUAGCUCCUCUAAUUCACUGAAGAGGAAAGCCUUCUACAUGACGGGCCAAGGAGAGAUUGACUCUUAUGGUAACUUCGGCUAUGGCCAGGCUCGGAGCGCGUCUGAGAGCCCCAUGUACAGGAUAGCAGACAGCAGCAGUACAAACGGAGGCUCCAACAGUGCCAGUGGUGGUGGAUUUGACCGAAGUGCAGAAAAGUCAUCCUUACCGUUUAAUCCUCAGAAGUCCUCGAUGUCGUCAGAGCAGCAGCAGAGGAAGUACAGCAGCCAGGCAACAGGUGGACCAAUGACUCCGCCAACGUAUGUUUCCUCCACCCUGGGGAGUUCUCGCUCUGCAGAUUCUCUUGUCAACUUCACCUCCCCCUCCCUCAGUGAGCAAGGUGCUGAGGACCACCGCCUUCACAUCCCCCACUCAGCACCAGGGCCUACCUCCGCCUCAUCCAAUCCCUCCUCCAGGCCUGCUGAAGAGCAGCUGAAAACCAGUGACCCUCACCUCCUCGACAUGGUUACCUCUGAAAUUGUUCAGCAAGGCCCCCCAGUGGAUUGGUGUGACAUCGCAGGACUUGAACUUGCCAAGGCAACCCUUAAGGAGGAGGUCCUUUGGCCAAUUCUGCGCCCAGACAUGUUCAGCAGUUUAGGACCAGCUCCACGGUGUGUGUUGCUCUUUGGACCCAGGGGCAGUGGCAGAACUUUGCUGGGACGCUGCUUGGCAAGCCAACUGGGAGCACCGUUCCUCCAGCUCAGUGGUUCCACGUUGGCCACUAAGUGGCUGGCGGACGGAGAAAAGAUUUUAAGAGCUUCAUUCCUGGUGGCCCGCUGUCGGCAGCCCUCAGUACUGUUCAUAAGUGAGGUGGACAUGCUGCUGUCAGCCCACCUCAGCGAAGAGAGUCCCAUCAACCGCCUGAAGGGGGAGCUACUUUCCCAGCUGGACUCUCUUCUCAUGGGCUCGGGUGAGGAUGGGAGCAACCAAGUGUUGGUGGUUUGUUCCACAAGCAGACCCCAGGACAUGGACGAAGGGCUGCGCAGGUACUUUUCUCGUAGGGUGCUCGUGCCCCUGCCGGACAGCACAGCCCGGCACCAGAUCGUGAGCCAGCUCCUGGCUCAAUCUCAGCACAAAUACUGCUUGAGCGAGGAGGAGCUGGCGCUGCUGGUCCAGCGUACCGAGGGUUUCUCUGGACUGGACCUGGCCAGAUUCUGCCAGGAGGCCCUGGUUGGUCUGUUACACGCCUCUGCACAGGGCAUGGACAUGACGGGUAUGAUGCCCAGGGGACAGGUCAGGCCACUUACCUACCAGGACUUUGAGAGUGUCUUUUGUAAAUUCCAAGCCAGUAUAUCGCAGAAAGAGAUUGACACAUACACUGAGUGGAACAAAAUGUUCGGCUGCAGCCAGUGAAAGGAAGGAUUCCGCCCUUGAGAAAAAGAGGCAUCCACAUUUCCUCCCCUCAGGGCAGAAGCAUUGUGCUGGAGGGAAAGGCACACAGAAGGCCAACACAAGCCCACAGAGUUCUCACAAGCAGGGUUUAGAUGCACCAAGAGAGACCUGGUUUUGAUGAGACAACUGGCAGUUUUGCAGUUAAUGAGCAAGAGUUUUAAUUUGAAUUCUUGACACUCCGGAAAGCCAGGCGUUGUUUACACAUUGCAAGCAAGUUGGCUUCAGAAGAGACGCCCCAGUGUCUGUGUAUAUAUCUUUAUGUUCUUGUUCUUGAGAUUUAGUUGGCUAUCCAAGUGCCUGAAGUGGUGCUUUCUGAGUUUCUUUCUUUUAUUUGCCUCACAAUCUACAUUCAUGGCAUGAGCUGACGAUUAUUAAGAGCUUUAAAACUUCAACGGUGAGUCUGAAAAACAGAGAUUGACAGAAGCCAUAGGCGGUGGUCAAUCAGUCUUUAUUGUCUUGCUUAGAGCAGUAAUCCAUCAGGGUGGCAGUAGUCUGGGCCCUGACUCACACUCAUCUCUUCUGAUCCUUUGUCUGCAAAGCAAACAAACGUAACAAACAAAACUCAGGAAAGCGUUUGUGAAUUGUAUAGUACCUCAAGAUACCUUGACAAAAAGCACUAAGAUCUGAGGGGGGAAUCCGAGGUGGUUUGGCAGUUUAGUUAAACAGUGUUAGGUGUUCCUCAGCUGGCUAGGAUAAACAGCAAAGAGGUGACAAUGAAUGUAAUAGAUAUGUUCUGGAGUGAUGGAACAUAAUCAACAGUGAGACUAAAAAACAUGAUUUCCUUUUCCUCACAGCAGGUGUGUUACUCACCUGUUUGUACUUGACCAAUCCUGAAGCUUGUUUCCAUAGCUCUUUAAAAAAAUGUUAAACCACGUUGCCCUGCUUUGUCGUUUGGGGGGUUUUCACAGGCGGACAGGUGUAGGGUGGUGGGAGUUGUGUAUUUAUUAAAACAACAUAAUCAUUGUUUGUAUUAUGCGAUCGAGGCUUCGUGGUCAGGCUGCAUGGUGGCUUCAUCCGUUUGUCGGCUAACUUUUGCGCUAACUUGUGAUACUGUGGAGUGAGGGAGACGUGUCCUCUGAGAUGAUGCACUGAAACACCACCAAAAAAUUCUAAUGAACUGUUACGGCGUCCAAGAAUUGAUCAAUCUUAUGGGAAACAUCUAGUCUUCUUUAUUACCAAGAGUUAAAUGUGAGGCUAACUGGCUACAUGCUAAUGCUAGUGCCAAGAAACUGUUGAAUGCUAAGGGGAACAUGCUAGUUCUCUUUCUUGCCAAGAGUAAAAUGUUAAGCUAAUCUAACUAAUGUUACAAAAUUACAAGAAACACGCUAGUUUUCUUCCCACCAACAGUUAAACAUGGAGCAAACUGGCUUUAAGUUAAUGCUAGCACUAAAGAAAGCUAUAACAAAGCUAUAGGAGGUAUGCUAGCUUCUGUCUAACUACGCCUUAUUGUGAGCUAGCCACUAUCUAAUGCUACUAGCUGGCUAGCUUCACUUGAUAAUGAAUUAGAAAGGAGCAAUGACAAGGCCAAAAAAAAAGAGACAAAAUGUAUCAAAGUUUGCCGUUAAGCUAACAGGCGUCUUGCUAUAGGCUAGUUUUAAACCAACAAGGUUUAGCUGUGUCAAUUUUUUUAUGAUAUUAUUUAAUUUUUGAGGUAAUUUACUCGCUAGCUAGCUUUCCUAGUGUUAAAAUAUCAAAUUGAGACUGUUAACUUGGUUUGGCGUGGCUUAGCUUUGCUUAGCUAGCAUACUAGGGACAUUAAACAGUAAAACCAAUAGAUGGCUGUGUUAAAAGUGAACAAACCCAGGUAUAUACAUUGUUAUAUGUGUAUAUGAUUAUAAAUUGUUGAGUUAUAUGACAUCAGAAGUGUUAAAAGAGACAUUUGAGCAUUUUAUUAGCAGUUCUAAAUCUAAUCUCACUCUUGGCAUUAAAGUAAAACGGCACAUUUCCUAAAAUGUUGGACUUUCCUUUGAAAUCAGUGACAUCAAAGACAUACUUCUCUUUGUUUGGGAAGUAAACAUUGGACUUCCCGUUUAUUGUUUAGUAUACAGCAGCUGGUUUUCAUAACAGGCUUCACAACUUGUAAACAACAUAGGGUUGUUCAUGGUGUUACCUGUAUUUGAACUGGAGUAGCUGCAGAACAGGAUACAACUCCUGUAAUUUAAAUUAGGUAAGGUCAUUGACCCCGUACAUCUUAACAUCUAUAAUUAUUACACAAGUGGAAAGAGAAAAAUCAGGAGUAAAUCACUGUUUGGUGCAGGUCACAGGUCAUUUGAUGAUAGUAAUUCUAACUGAUGGACGCCUCUUAGUGUUGUUAUGAAUACUGUCCAACCAAAUCUGAGACAAAGUUAACACAAGUGACUAUAAGACGAGUUCUAAUCAAAAUAUUGAUUACAGUCAUGAUCAAACUAAUCAAAUCCAAACCCACGUCAGUAUUUUUCCAGUUUUAUUUUUCACAGGCGGCACAAAGCACCUCAUCCAAACACAUCUGGAUACUUCAGCCAACUGAGAAGCUUUGAAACCCAAUAGAGGAAUUUUGGCAUUAUUCUUGAAGGUCCCUCUUCCCUAAAGGUUACCUUGUGUUACAUUGGAAUGUAUUUUUUGUCUCCUCCUCCUCGUCACUCUGUAAGACGCUCUCUUUAAGCACUACCGUUGUGACAUAGGAAGAUAGCUUAAUGUACGUGUUUUUUUCAGAUGUAUCAUUGGCAGCGCUUGAUUUGUCUCGUCUGAUAUUAACCCUGAAGGAGAUUUCAUUCGCCACUUCCUGUCUUAUUGUUUUAUUAGGAGUUCGGAGCUACACUCUGUACGCUCAGGCCCAGCUCUGUGUUGCUAUCUCUGAUCUGAGCGCCAUCAGUGCAGCACCUGAUGUGGAAGGAGGGAGGAGGGAGGAGGGAGUGGGGGGGUGGAGAAAGUUCUGCUGAGCGUCAGCAAAAUUGACGGAAAGGAAAGGAAAGACAGCCAGGCAGCGUGGCGGCAGCACAAGGGGAAAGCAGAGUGGUCCGUCAGAAAAACCACCCUCAAAACAAUCUGUACCAGAAUUCCUUCUGUCAGCAAAUCCUCUGGAGAGAGAGUCCCCUUAGACAGAAAAACCUACUAAUGCACUUCAGAGCACACAUCAACAGCACAGGCGUUUCUCUCUCUCCACAGCCGACGAACAAACGACUUGAAACACACCGGUCAAUGCUACGCUUGUUUGUUGCGUGUUCUGUGGUCCUUCUUUUGUGUCUCGACCUCUUUUCUUUUUUUUUCUACAUGGUGUUUGAUUCUAGCUUUCUUUUCUUUUCUGGGAACCUUUCUUUAAAUGGACGCUUGAGUUCCUCUUUAAAGCAUUUCUACCUCAUGGCUACAAAACACACGUGGUAUUUGAUUUUACGUCUUUCCAAAUGUCAGACAUUUGUGAAAAAUGCAUUGAAAAAAAAAUCACAAAAAAAAGAAGAAAAAAAAAACAGAAGAAGAAGAAGAAAGAAGGAGGAGGAGAGUAACACCAUGACGUUUUGCGCAGUCUACCUCAGAUGACUGUACUUAAAACAUUUAGCUGAUGGUGCAACCACAGGCUGCAGCAUAGCCUAUAGUGUGUGUGUCUCUGUCACUGUGUCAGGUCAGAGCUAUAGGCGAAACACACACACACACACACACACACACACACACACACACACACACACACACCUGCUAACACUGACAUCAAAAACACACUCACAAGCGUUUGUGAGGACGGAACAGUUGGGGUCGCCUUUAAGGUGACCCGGAAAUGUAUAAUCCAAUACAUUUGCUUUAAUCUUUUGUGAACUACUGUGGUUGUGCGCGUGUGAAUGUGUAUAUAUGUGGGCACACUCUUCUUUUUUUUAUUUAGUGUGUUGAAUUUUAUAAAUUGUUAGUAUAUAUAACACACUUGCACAACUUUAAACCAGAGUGUAACGUGUUUCUGUUGUACAUACCUAUACAUACAAUACAAAAUGCACCACUUGUUUAUAUGUGUGAAUAUGUUGCCAUACUUGCAGUCAACUUAAAUGUAUUUUCAUGUAAUCUUAGGUACAAGCAGCAACAAACGAUUCAUUAAAGACAUUUUCUUGGGAGAUUA